CUGAGACUGGCACCGCGUCUGUGUGAAGGGGGAGAGGCUGGGAAACGACGGGAGCACAAGCAAGGCAGAGCUUCACCGUCUGUGGCCCUCUGUCCCCUCGUCCUCGAUGCCUGCAUAAAACACAUCGCCCGACCGAUAACAAGGACACCGAGCUACCGAAGCACCGCGCGCUCUCGAGCCGCCGCCGCUGCCGCCGAAGCGCCCGAAACGCAGAGAUGUCCACGAUCCAGAUGUUAUGAAGAUACAGUUGAAGAAUCCACAUCAAACCAUCAGAUCCAUCAGGCCAGUUUACAGUAACUAAACCAAACUGGACUCCCUGAUAGCCAUCAGUCACUUUUCUGAAGUCUACAUUAUUGCUUUCACUCGUCCACUGCUCUAAAUGAGUGUCUCAGACGGCAAGAUCAGGGCUGGGGUGCAGACCAGAACCCACACAGAAUGUCCUGGAUCAACGGCUUCCUAGUGGCCAGAGUGGAUGACCGAAAGACCGCGUGGGGCGAGCGCAAUGGCAAGAAGUCCAAGCGCAAGGUUGGCUCCUCUCUCUGCAACCCACGCUACAUGAGCUGCCUGCGGGACGUGGAAGCCAUGGAGCCUCCUCCCCAGCUGCCCCACACUCAGGCCACUCGGUCUGGAGGACCAGGAGGAGGACCAGGAGGGGGACCAGGGGGAACAGGCAACUUCGGCAUGCGCUGCGGGUGGCAGGAAGACCACUACGGCAAAAUGGGGAGCGGGGGGGAGGGUGUGGGGCUUAAAUCUGUGGACCUGGGCUUCGAGGAUGGCGAUGUUAAAGGGCGGAAAAGGGAUGGUUUGGGUGGGGACGGCUCCAGCGAGGACACCGCCAGUGGUACGGGGUCAGUGACGGCUGCCGACUGCUGGCAGCGGGUGGUUCGUGUUUUCCAAUCCAAGAAGUUCCAGUCACGCAAACUGGAGCGUCUCUACCAGCGCUACUUCUUCAGGCUCAACCAGAGCUCGCUAACAAUGCUAAUGGGCGUUUUGGUGAUCGUCUGCGGGGUCAUGCUCACCUUCCACUGCAUCCAUGGCCCACCAGACGUAGUUUACGCUUCAGUUUUGUCCGUGGCCAUGGCCUUGUUUUUAGCACUUAUGGUGGUGUGCAAUCGAAAUGGCUUCCACCAGGACUACAUGUGGAUGGUCAGCUAUCUGGUAAUUGGAGUGCUAAUCAUAGUGCAGGUAUUCGGGGUGCUAAUGGUGGCUCCCCGCAGUGCCUCAGAGGGGAUUUGGUGGUCCGUCUUCUUCAUCUACAUUAUCUAUACGCUGCUGCCGGUGCGGAUGAGAGCGGCGGUGCUCAGCGGAGGAGUGCUGUCCACUAUACACCUCCUCACCACAUGGAGGAUCAAUCAGGACGAUGAGUUCCUCUGGAAACAGCUGAGCGCAAACGUGUUGAUCUUCCUGUGCACCAACAUCAUUGGGAUCUGCACACAUUACCCAGCAGAGGUGUCUCAGAGACAGGCCUUUCAGGAGACACGUGGAUACAUCCAGGCCCGACUGCACCUGCAGAGAGAAAACCAACAGCAGGAGCGCCUGUUGCUGUCUGUCUUACCGAGGCAUGUUGCCAUGGAAAUGAAGGCUGACAUCAACGCUAAAAAAGAAGACAUGAUGUUUCACAAGAUCUACAUACAGAAGCACGACAAUGUCAGUAUUCUGUUUGCUGACAUUGAGGGCUUCACUAGUCUGGCAUCUCAGUGCACUGCUCAGGAGCUGGUCAUGACUCUAAACGAGCUCUUCGCCCGCUUUGACAAACUAGCAUCGGAGAACCACUGCUUGCGGAUCAAGAUUCUAGGGGAUUGUUAUUACUGUGUGUCUGGUUUGCCAGAGCCCAGAGCAGAUCACGCUCACUGCUGUGUGGAGAUGGGGGUCGACAUGAUCGAAGCCAUUUCUCUGGUGCGAGAGGUGACGGGGGUGAACGUGAACAUGCGGGUGGGUAUUCACAGCGGCCGCGUUCACUGUGGUGUUCUUGGAUUGAGAAAAUGGCAAUUCGACGUGUGGUCCAACGACGUAACACUCGCCAACCACAUGGAGGCUGGAGGCAAAGCUGGGAGGAUCCACAUCACUAAAGCCACUCUACAGUACCUGAAUGGAGACUAUGAGGUGGAGCCAGGUUUCGGAGGGGAGAGAAACGCAUACCUGAAGGAGAAUAGCAUUGAGACAUUCCUCGUGCUGGGCUGCAGUCAGAAGAGGAAAGACGAGAAGGCCAUGAUGGCCAAGAUGCAGCGCACGAGGACCAACUCUAAUGAAGCUCUGGUGCCGCGGUGGGUGCCUGACAGAUCCUUCUCCAGGACUAAAGACUCCAAAGUCUUCAGACAGAUGGGCAUUGAUGAAACCUCCAGCAAAGACAACCGUGGUGCUCAGGAGGCGCUGAACCCCGAGGAUGAGGUGGAUGAGUUUUUGGGUCGUGCCAUUGAUGCUCGCAGUAUUGACCAGCUCCGCAAAGACCACGUCAAGAAGUUUCUCCUCACCUUCCAAACCUCCAGCCUGGAGAAGAAGUAUGCUAAGAAGGUAGAUGAUCGUUUUGGUGGUUACGUGGCCUGUACACUUCUGGUCUUCUGUUUCAUCUCUUUUAUUCAGAUCGUCGUAUUCCCUCAUACUCUGGUCAUGCUGGGAAUUUACAUCAGUAUCUUCAUCAUUCUUGCCAACAUCCUCUUCAUCUGUGCCAUUUACUCCUGUGUGAAGCUCUUCCCUGCUGCCAUGCAGACUGUGUCCAAGAAGAUUGUUCAGUCUCGCACCAACAGCACACUGGUGGGAGUUUUCACCAUCAUCCUCGUCUUCAUAUCUGCCUUUGUCAAUAUGUUUUCCUGUGAUACGCAGAGGCUGGUGGACUGUGUAGCAAAGCAGUUGAACUGGUCUUCAGAGAUGGUGACUCCUUGUAUCAUUCACAACAUGUCUCGAUCUGUAGCCGAUGGCCUGAGUAUUUGUCCCAACAACACUCCCUCCUGCCCCUUUCCUGAGUAUUUCAGCUACAGUGUGCUGCUGACGCUGCUGGCCUGCUCGGUGUUUCUGCAGAUCAGUAGUAUAGGGAAGCUGGCUUUAAUGCUGCUCAUCCAGCUCACCUUCCUGCUGCUUGUGGAGUGGCCAGAGGUGGCGCUGUUCGACAACGCAGACCUCUUCGUCACUGCCAAUGCCCUUGUUUUCAAUGAAACUCUACUAUGGUCCAAUUUCAGUACGACUACUGAACAGUGCACUUUCAGGGUGACUAAAGUGUCCCUAAAGGUCAUGACCCCAGUGAUCCUCACUGUAUUUGUACUAGCACUGUACCUACAUGCCCAGCAAGUGGAGUCAACAGCCCGUCUAGACUUCCUUUGGAAGCUUCAGGCCACAGAAGAGAAGGAGGAGAUGGAGGAACUUCAAGCCUACAACCGCCGGCUUCUCCACAACAUCCUUCCCAAAGACGUGGCUGCGCACUUUCUGGCCCGGGAGCGGAGAAAUGACGAGCUGUAUUAUCAGUCGUGCGAGUGUGUGGCUGUCAUGUUCGCCUCCAUCAGCAACUUCUCCGAGUUCUACGUGGAGCUGGAGGCCAACAACGAGGGAGUGGAGUGUCUAAGGCUCCUCAAUGAGAUCAUCGCUGACUUCGAUGAGAUCAUCAGUGAAGAUAAAUACAGGCAGCUGGAGAAAAUAAAGACAAUUGGCAGCACCUACAUGGCCGCAUCAGGCCUCAAUGACUCCACAUAUGACAAGGAAGGCCGUUCGCAUAUAACUGCGCUAGCCGACUAUGCCAUGCACCUCCGCGAACAGAUGAAAUACAUCAACGAGCAUUCCUUCAACAACUUCCAGAUGAAGAUUGGACUGAACAUCGGGCCAGUGGUUGCAGGUGUUAUUGGAGCCAGGAAGCCCCAGUAUGAUAUUUGGGGAAACACAGUAAACGUGGCCAGUCGGAUGGACAGUACAGGAGUCCCAGACCGUAUUCAGGUGACCACAGAUCUACACCAGGUGUUGCACAGUAAAGGUUACCAGCUGGAGUGUCGAGGGGUCAUAAAGGUGAAGGGCAAGGGUGAAAUGACCACUUACUUCCUGAACGAAGGACCUCCAAACAGUUAGCAGUGCACUACAAGUCCUCUGGUUUCCCACUAUUCCCCCGGAGAGGAUUUCUCCAGGCAAGCUGAAGACAAACAAGUAGCCAUCGCCAUCACUUGAAGACAAAAACAAAACAAAAAAUGAAGAUAAUUGAAAAAACAAAACAAAAAAUGCAAAGCAGACUCCAGAUUGGAGAGUUGUGGCGGUCGUGGAUAUGGCUGUGCACCUUGAAGGACGAUUGUUUUUAAGCCUCAGGCUGCUUGAAAGAUGCAAAGUCUGUUUAUUUAAUAAAGGCCUUUAUUUGCCGAAGAAAAACGCUGUACAUAAGGCAUUUUCUCCAGUUUUUUUUAGUUUUGUUUUUUUAUUAUUAUGAUUUCAGGAGAAUAUAAAUACAGGUACUCAUGUUCUGUUCGGAAUUGAUUAUUUAUUUUGAUCUUGCUGUUUUGUGCAAAAAGUCCUUUGGGAAAAGUGUGGAGAUAAAAAAAACCGCAUACACAUUUAUACCGUACAUAAACGCGUACGCUUGUAUAUUUGUGUGUACGAAUACAGUAACUGUAUAAAUUACGAGAACUAUUGACCAAAGACCAAAGUAUUUAAUAGAAAAAAAGCUGUCAAAAGAUUUGCGGAAGUUUUGAAUAUUGUCAUGCUGACGUCCUCACCCCUUGACGUUUUUUUUUUUUAUUCUUGUGUUUUUGAUGUUUUAUCAUUUCAAGUAAAUAACACUGAUCGAUUGACCAGCAAUCUGGGUGAUUGGCUUAUAUGAAGGACUCAGUUAUUUAAUUUAAACUCUCGCUUUUCCUUUAGAACUUGAAAUUCUAGAUGGAAAAAUGAAAUUCAGUGGAAGUUUUUUUUUUUUUUUUUGGAAGUACAACCAGGUCUGGGCCUUCAACAUGUCCUCAAAGAAGACUUCAGUUUCGUUUUGUGUUCUUUCAACCAUUUCUUCUUUUUUCAAAGAAGUAUUUUUGGUACAAAAUGAAUUAAAAGGAAAAAAAAGAGGUGUUUUUUUUUUUGGAGGCAUCUGGGGAAAAGCCACGGCAUAUUGGAUACCACGGUACAAGACAGUUUAUCGAGAUCCAAUUCAUUCUAGAAGGACUUUUUUUUAAAAACAAAAGAAAUAUAUCUAUAAAUUAUGACUGAAUACUGUGCUUUGUAAUCUCGAAGGGGCAUAACUCUUUUCACUGUGAGGUUUCUAUGAUACGACUAGCUGCUUUCUUGCCAAACUAAACAGCUCAAAAGCAUGUCUGAUUGUGGUAUCUUCUCUACGAUUUUCGUUUGUUUGAUUCCCUGAAGUUUUAAUGUUUGGGUGUUUUGUAUCACCUCUGUAUUCUUUUUUUAAUUCCUAUUCUGGUUGUUCUUAUAUAUUUGAUUAUGAUUCCAUUCCAGCUUAGGAGAGGGAACAAAGACCCGAAUUGAGAUGUUUAAGCAAGUUGGUACAAACUGAUCAACUGCAGUCAGUGACGUAUGAACUGAUGAAUGGUAUUCGUGUUUUCAGUGGCAUUAUGGUUUUCACCUGGUAUUAGCAUAGCAUGUGUUCAAAUUUCAUUAAGGUCCUUCCAUUUUACUUGGUUAUGCUAUACGUCAGCUUUGGAUGAAUGCGCAUGAGUACUAUCAAAGCCAUAGUUCACCCAAAAAUGAGAAUUACCUGACCAUUUACUUUUUUUUUCUUCUGUUGAACACAAAACAAUAAAUUCUGAAGAAUGUUGGCAGAAAGUAGCCAUGACAUCAGUAGUAGGAACAAGAAAUACUUUGGAGGUCAAUGGCUGAUUUUUUUUUUUUUUUCAGCAGAAGAAGGAUAAGUAAAUGAUGACAGAAUUGUAAUUUUUGGGCGAACUAUUCCUUUAAAUGAAAAAAGACAAUUGAAAAGGAUGUGGAUGACAACUGCAAUUUUGGUCAGUGUCUUUUGGUACAACACUUGUUUUGGUGCACUUUUUUACAACAUGUUCAGUAAUGAUCAUGUGUUUCAUAGUAGCUGUAGAGUCGAUGGUCUAUUGUGUUGGAAAGCAUCCGCCCAUAUGAGGGAAAUGCCUUUUUGACUACCUCUGGAAGGCCCUAAUUAUACCUUGCUUUAUUUUCAAUGGGCUUUCAAGUGGACAUUGCUAAAUACAGGUGUUUGCAAGGUCUAAAAUGUGCUUGCCCACUUUGUCACCUGAUAUUAAAGUGUUAGUUCAGCCAAAAAAUGACUCGCUGUCAUGUCAAUGGUCACCCCUGAUACCCUCGUUCAUCGUCAAAGACAAAUUAAGAUAUUUUCGAUGAAAUCUGAGAGUUCCCUCAUCCUCCAAAGAAAGCAAGAGUCCUGAGAUGUUCAUAGUCCAGAAAGGUACCAAAGCAUCUUCAAAACAGUCCAUGUGCUGCCAUCAGUGGAUAUAUUGUAAUGUUAUAAAGCUACGAGAAUAUGUUUGUGUGCACAAACAACAAAAAUGAUGACUUUAUUUAACAGUUUCUUCUCUUCUAUGACAUUUGAGGGUACAAUGCAAUGGUGUAUACCCCACACUUUUAAUGCACUGAAAUCAUGUGCAAUCAUCUAGGGCAGGGGUCUCAAACUUAAAUUGACAGGGGGCCAUAUCAGUGACUGGCAAUUCAUAGGAGGGUCGCUUUAACAUUUAAGCACAACAAAAAAGUGGAAACCUGAUGUAAUUGAUGCACUUUUAUACAAAUGUUAAUAUGCAAAUUAGAAAAAUCUAUUAAUGAGACCAUUUGAAUCGAAUAUUAACAAGAUGAUCAUUUUGCACCACCAGCAAAAUGUGUAAGCCAUGAAGAAGUGUUUGUACAACAAAAUACAGGUGGUAUAAAGCUAAAUAUAAUCAAACGACCCUUGAAUAUUAUCAAAAAUAGAGAAAAUCAGCCCCAGAAAUAAUCUGCAUGUGCGUUACUUUCGACCGCACACUGAAAGAAACCGAAAGUAACCCGGACAUAUACUGCAGUACUUUAAAUGUACAGUAGGUGGGGUAAAUACCACAAGUGGCUAUAUGCGACUGCAUAACAAUGAUAGUGAUUCAAAAAUAUAUGUUUUGGUAUGCUGAAUGUAUAAUGGACCCCUGAUCUAGGGUAUACAUCAGUGUUUAAUAUGCGCACAAAAGUAUUCUUAUAGCUUCAUAAUAUAAUGAUUAAACCACUGAAGUCACAUGGACUGGUUUUUACAAUGUUUUUGGUACCUUUCUGGACGCUUUCUAUCUGUGGAGCUCUCGGAUUGCAUCUAAAAUAUCUUAUUUUAUGUUUCGAAGAUAUCUCAGGGCAUUGAAUCGACAUGAGGGUGGGUAAAUAAUAGCAAUUAUAAUAAUUUUUUGGGGUGAACUAAUGAUUUAACAUGCGUUUUAAGUGAGUUGAUCCCAGAUCAGUUGAGACUCGUUAUUGUUUCGACUUGGUAUUAACAAAUUUUCAAAUGUGUCUUUUGUGAACACUUUCAUCCACUGUGGAAAAGGGAUAGUGAAAUGUCCCACACUGACCACUGAGGUCUUUUGAACUUGGAUUACUGUAUCAAAACCCAAAACUUCCGCAUCCCCAAUUGGUCCCCAAGUUUUUAUAGUGUACAUUAACUAAACAAAAGCAAACUAAUAAGUAAAGUGAACAAAUGAGCAUACAUCAAAGAAUCACUUUAAAUAAUGUCUGAAGGAUGGCGCUCACUGAGCUGUAUAAAGUCCCCUUCACUAUACUGGGGCGUUAGAACCAACACAGACCGCAGGUUGGGCACCCUCUGCUGGUCUCACUAACACCAUUUCUGGCAGCAACCUAGCUUUCCCAUGUGGUCUCCCCCAGGUACUGACCAGGCACAGCCCUGCUUAGCUUCAGUGGGCGACCAUGUGAGAGUUGCAGAGAGCUAGCUGCCAGUUAGGGAGUUCUGAAAAUGUUUUGUCCUUAGUUUACUGGCUUACUUGAUUUGGGUGUUGAAAAAUACCUUGUUUCAGUGCAAUUGGACAGCUAUAGUUUAAGCCCCAAAAAUACUUAAUUUAAACAGGUAUAAGAUAUUCAAAAUUUUGUUGUUUUUUUGCACGUUUAAUUUUUUCGCAGUAAAUUGUUUAUCCACAAGGUGGCAACAUGUCUUGUGGGCAUCAAUUAACAAAGUAGUCGAAGAAAAACUGGGGGAAACAAAAUGCAACAUAUAAGAAUGUGUGCAAGCUACAAGGACAAUGGAUUUCUAUGUAGACAAUGCUAGCAUUUAACACAUACAAAAUACACAUUUAUAUAAGUUGCAAAUAAUCUGUAGUCCAGAUCCGAUAUUAAAUGUUGUCGGAAUGCGCAAAUGUCGAACCCUGUGGUACACCUACACCUAUGUUUACACCUGUGUUUACCCAAUAAGCAUUUUUGGUGUUUAAUAGAUAUCUAAUAGACAUCUAAACAGAUAUCUUAGCUAAAAUUAUACAUCUAGCAAUAGACCAGCCAUUAAAUACUCAAGAAUGAAUGACCACACGUGUGGUAUCUAUUUGAUGACUGAUCUAUUUUUUAUUAUAUUUAGACGUCCAUCCCACUCAAAAAAUUAUGUUUGCUGUUUGUUGAAACUACUUGUUGAAACACAAUUUUGGAGUUUUUGGGGGGGAGAUCUUUAUUAUUUUAUGUUCAAUCCACCUAAAUUAGUAAAAAAAAGAAAGUUAGAAUAAGCGAACUCAGCAUUUUUUACAGUGUAGAUUUCCAUUGACAGGUCAAAUUUAGCCUUGUUUUAGCCAGGACAUCUAUUAAACACAAAAGUGCUUGGUGGGUCAUUUCGUUCAGAUUGGCGAACACACACUUUAAUACCAGGUGCAAACAGCCUAAGAAAAAAAAGGGGAAAUGUCUAUAAAACCCAUACAUUUCCAUAGCAUUUAAUUAAACAGUUGUUAGCCAGUUACAGAAUUUCAGUACACAUGCAGUGCAUUUGCCUUAAUUUAACAAACUUCUGUAUAUGACAGUGCCUCUUUGUAUCACAGUCUGCAAAUUAUGCAGGUCACAUUUUAGAUGCAACGCACUGCAGCAAUGUUUAUAACUCAGCCAACUCUUUCAGUAGAUUGGCUUGCAAGAUGACCAAAGCACAGUGUUUCUUUUUCCCUGCUAUAUUUUUCACUUGUUGAAAACUUUUGGUAUUAGCUUCGUCACUGCAUGUCAGUUGGUCACGUUCGUACCAAUAGCAGGGCGCCUUGUUAUCUCCGUCCAGUAUGUGCAAUAAAAGUGUACAUGAAUGAAGAUACGGGCUGCGUCCGCAACCGCCUACUACUCAGUAGGUACUGCAUUUGAAUUUAAACAUACUACUCGGCCGUUAGAAAAGUACUUUCUAUACAGUAUGAAUGGAAUUCGGACAUAUUACAUCUGCCAUUUUGUCAUAGUCACGUGACCUACCUUUGUCAGUUGCGUUGCUUCACCAGUCCCAUUCAUGAAUUCUCUUGCAGGGCAUCAUGUGAUAGCUCAGUGUGCAUGGGAUGCCACUUCAGAAUCUCGCCGGAAGCAGUAGAUCAUCCGGGUACUUCUCGCAUGCUGAUUUUCGAAUUCUAUGAAUUUGGACAUACUUCUCAGCUCGCACACUGAUUUUUAGCGUACUGUAUAGUAUGGAAGUAUGCAGUUUCGGACGCAGCCUCGUUGUGAGGGAAACAAAGACGGUAUCAGUUGGACAAGCAGGAGUGUAUUUUAAGUACUACUGACUCUCACAUUGACAGUAUGUGUCAAAUCCUGAUCGUCUUUUCUUUUCUUUUACUUUUUUGUUUCAUUCUUGUUUUUACUUCUGCCGAAGAUAUAGAAAAGGGACGUGCUUUUCAACUUUACGAACGAAAAAGUUGAGAAAAGACUCUUGAAUAUAGACAAACUUUUCCCCUCUAAAAAUAAAAAAAUAUCUGUUUUA